AUGACAGGAAGUCCUGACCGUAAACAAGAUGAAGAGGGCCAUGGGGAUCCAGUGGUUCGCUUCCAGAGCUACUUGCACGGUGGGACCUCCAGCUUGCUAUCCACCCUCCCAACCCUCAUCGUCUUCCCUGUCUACAAAACUGUUUUCCGCCAACAAAUCCACAACACCCCGGUUCACCAGGCAGUGGGACAGCUCUACAAAGAGGGUCCUGUAAAGCUCUACAGGGGCGUGGCCCCACCAUUACUGAUGAGGACGCUGAAUGGUACGCUCCUCUUUGGCCUCCAGGACACCCUCUUUCACCAACUCUCCUUGUCAUCCCAGAAUGUCAUCUCCGCCUCUGCCCUGCCUGCUCUGGCUGGAUUCGGUGCAGGUAUGGUAGAAGCUGUGGUUUUAACCCCCUUUGAGCGUGUCCAGAAUGUGUUGCAAAAUGGCCAAAACGACAACCGUCUCCCCACCUUGAAGAGUGUUCUUGUCAAGCUGCAUGCACAGAGGCCGGGCUUAGGGUACUACAGAGCCUUCCUGCCCAUCGCAGCCCGCAACGCUCUUGGCAGCUCGCUUUACUUUGGCCUGAAGGGGCCCAUGUGUGCUGUUGUGGAGGGACAGGGCCUCUCUCCAUUGGUGUCCUCCUUCAUCUCAGGGACGCUGACCUCAAUGGCAAUCAGCUUGGCUCUUUACCCGCUGUCUGUGCUAGUGGCAAAUAUGCAGGCACAGGUGGGAGGCGAGGUGAAAGGGGUCAUGGCUUGCUGGAGGAUGCUGUGGAAGUCUCGGCAGCAGAGCGUAACUCUGCUGUACCGGGGAGGUUCUCUGGUUAUUUUGAGGUCGUGCAUUACAUGGGGAAUCACCACUGCUAUCUACGACAGGCAGCAGAAACAAAGCCAUGAAAGAGGGAAAAAACUGAAAUGCACCUGUCAUGAUUCCUCUCCUUCAGUCCUGCCAUGUUACCUGCUUUUUCUCCAAUUAGGAAUCCUGUCCAUCAUCUCCACCUCUGCCUCUGUUUUCUGUGCCGCCAUGUUUCAUAAGAAAUGGUGUUUGGGCUGUUGCUAUGGGGAAAGAUCUGUAUGUAAUCCCACAUAAAUUAAUGCAAUGGAUAUAUUUUAUUGUGCUUUCAAUGCAGUUUAGAAAGGGCUGAAUGGAGCAAGAUAACAAGUUAACAGGGGGUUAAGUUAAAAUAAUCAUAAAUAACUGUAUUAAUGGAGGAAACCCAUCCAAUAUAUUGCAUUGUUACCAAUACCAUAAGUAUGCCUGUAAAUGGUGCCAUCCAGGAAAUGUCUAAAAAGUAACACAUAAGAUGAUAUUUUUGCUUUAAUAAAAAAGUGUCAAUGAUGA